CAAACUCAUGUAGAUUUUACUAAUGAGUUAAAAUUGAGCAAAUUAACUCUUAAAAUUACAGAGAGACGUGAUCUAGAUACACAAUUAAGAAAUUCAAUGAUCUGAUAUAAUUUGUGAUAUAAUUGCUCGCAUACUCGACUAAUGGUGGGGAUGAGAUAUAAUUUUGUUUUGGCACGUGUCAAUGUUUGCUGCUGUUAAUCAUAUCCAUACCAUGUGCCAAAACAAAAUACAUUUAAAUCCCACAGGCCCACUAGUGGUCAUGCCAAAGAAAUAGUUGAUAGGUCUAACGAUAACCAAUAUUUGCAGUGAGAUGAGAUAUGAAAGUUGACGUAGGGUUGCCUGAUGAGCUCCUCAGUCCUCUGUACCCUAAUAUUGGUCUAGCUGGACUGAACCUCAAGAAUCCUCUACAUUCCUCAAUAUGGGAUGCUUUCUCCACCAACAUGCACUCGGACAACGGUCCUGGCCGGUACAUGCUUGUAAAGGACUACAACAUGUUCCCCAAACGGAACGAGGGGACCAACAAGCCACCACCAGCAGGUAUUCUACAGAGAGGAUGGUUUAACAAACAUCUCAACCUCAUUCCUGCUGCUGUGAUCCUGUUUUACGAGCUGGACUGGAACGACUCGCACUGGGCAGAGAAGCAGCUGGACUGUGGACUCCAGCUCAACUAUCUGAGAUCAGGUCUGGGUAACAGAGCUACUAAGUUAGCUGUUGUGCUUAUCCAGAAGAAUUCGCUGCCCGCUGGUGAGGAUGCCCUUGCGGUGGAACGUGCGACUAGUCUGUGUAAUGCUUGCGAGCUGAUGAGUAAUUCUCUUUUUGUUCUGCCCGUACUUCAUGCUGAUCAUCUCGUUGGUUAUGUGAUACGGCUACAGAACGUGUUUAUUGACCAGGCAGUCAUGUACUACCUUAACGAAACUAAGAGAAUAAAGAACAACAAAGAUACGUUAAACCGUCCUAACUAUCAGCUGCUUCAAGCUCGUCAUCUCAUCAAAGUGAGCUUCUUUCACGAGAUAAGGAAAGAUAUACCAACCGCUCUCAAGCACUACAACAUGACUUAUUCUCAACUUCUUGAGACCAAGGUUUCUAACAAGCACCAAAUAAAGAUUCUCUGUGGUUUUAUCAACUUUAAGAUAUGCCAGCUGAGUUUUAGAACAGGUGCCCCGCUGGAUGCUAUAGCACAGUUUGAUCGGCACAUCAAACAGUUCAAAGAGCACACCGAGCCCCCCGAGCUUCAGUUUCAACACAGACAGUGGCUGAGUCAUCAGUUUCAGUUCUUUGGAGAUCUCUUCAACGAUGCCAUCUCUGCUGGUCUGACUGCUCUGCAGACCAAACACCCGGGGUUCUACUACCUUCAAGCUGCUCAGUACACCAUACAACGGCGACAAUUAUCCGACCUCUUCAAGAGUGAGGUAGCAGCUCUUGUAGCCGAGGGUAAACAGGUUAUUCAACUCCCAGUUACCAAAUACUUUGGGCAGUUUCCUUGGGAGUUGGAACAUUACAAUGGUGCCAUGACCAAUGGUAAUCUAGAUGCUGACGAUUGUCUCUUUACCAUCCAGCAACUGGAACUCGACAUUGACUAUUCCCGAAUAAUCAUCCCGCUUCUCAACAAAGCCGUGGGACAGUUCAAACAGUACAAACCAACAAGAAUGAAGCGCCAUCUCAUGUUGGAGAUGGGAAAUGAGUAUUACCUAGCAGGAGAUUACGAGAAGGCUUUCUCGAUUGCAAUGUGCGUUCUGGGCGAGUAUCGGAGAGAAAGGUGGUGGAGUCUGCUUACUUCAGUCCUGGAUUUGUGUUUAAAGUGUGCUUACUUAGUGGGAAAUGUGCUGGAUUACGUCGCUAUCUGCUGUGAGUUGAUAGGUAUCAACAUGUUGAAACAUGUUGACGACAAGGCUGACCUGCAGAAUAAUCUGCUGGGUAUAUUAGAGGGUAAAGUACCGGACAUGAGGGAGGGAGAUGAGAGUACUCGACAACUUUGGAGCAAGACGCUAGCAGGAAGACAGGAGUAUGUGGUGGAAAUGACCAAACUCUCCUCCUUCCUCUCCUGCUCAGCCUCCUUCGCCACUAACAGCUUCCAAGUUGACGAGAUGAUCCAUUUUAAGGUUCAGUUUAUCAGUACUGCCGUGCUGCCGAUGAGUUUCAGCAAAGUGGUUGUGUGUUUUGACAAUAAGAAGUACGAUGAGUUAGCAAUCCGAGAGGAGGUGAUCGAGUUGUCAGCUGAUGCUCCCGUUACUCUUUCUUUUGAGAUGGAGCCCUUCAGUAACGAUGCUGCCUGCGUGUUGAAAAUAUUCUCUAUAAAACUUUACAUUGCGGGAGAAAACUCGAUAGUGUUGCAGUUUGGGGAUGUAUUCCCAGUUGCUAAGUGCAAGAUAGUGCCACGUGUGGCACGUGCUACCACCUCACUUGCCUUUAAAUCUCCCGUUCUGGUGGGAGAAUUUCAACAGCUUACAGUUAACUUGUCAAAUAAUGAAGAUUGCAGGAUCUCCAAUGUUAUGUUUUGUGUUCAAGUAAAGUCUGCUACUUAUGCGGCUGAGAUUUGCAAGCCUAACAACAACUCUUUUGAGAAUAAGCUCGAUUUUCGUCUAGACUGCCUAGAUCCUCAAGAAUCUUCUGACACUUCCUUUAUUAUUCGCUGUAACAGUGAAGCUAAAUUCGACCUGUCGUACGUGUUAUCAUACUCUAUAGCUCUCAACAACAAGACGUAUUUGUGCGAGUCAAGGAAUGAUCUAGUACUUUCAAGUGUUGCCCCAUUUCACAGUUCUAUUUCUCUGAUGUCAUCCAGGUGUGACCCAAUGGAGACUCUACUAACCUGUGAUCGGUGUCUUAUCUUUAACGAGCUCAGCGCUUCUCAUGAUAGCUGUAUCGAAAUCAAGGACAUCAAAUAUGAUAUAAACCCAGAAUUUAUUUUCGACGAAGCACCAAACGAAAAGCAGUUUUCGUUGACAAAACACAAUGUCCUGACGGACUGUAUUACAAUACAGCCUAAGUCUCCCAGCAAAAACACGAAUAUAGGGUCGGUUAGUGUAACAUGGCGGCGGAACGACUCAGUUCAAACCUUCACAACAACAAGCUGGCCACUUCCCAUCGUCUCCGUGAACAGUUUACCUGUAUUUCUAACUAAUACACUGCCCUCUUUUGGAACUCUGUUCGAUCCCAUCUCAAUCAGGCUGUGUGUUGUUAAUAUCAGUAACUAUGUGCAGGAGAUUGACAUUGUGGCUGAGCCUGGGGAUUUGUUUAUGUUUGCUGGACACAAGCAUUUGAGAUGUAAGAUACUACCCAAUGACAAGGUUUAUUUACAGUAUCAACUUGUGCCCCUGAAAUCUGGACUUUUAUCAAUGCCUCAACCGGUUAUAAAGCUGUUGCGGCAUCCUGAUAUUGAAACCUCUGCACUUACUAACAAACUAACUAAAUCAAUAUAUGUUAAACCAAAGGUUUUCGUCGCUAAGUGAUAUCGGUGAUUAGAUUUUAAUCUUUAGGUUGAGAAUAAUAUAGGUGUAAUUUACCCAGUUAAAGUGUAAUUGUGUCCUGUUUGCUACCAUUAGCGCGCUUGUUUAAUGAACUCGAGUUUCAUCAUCAUGUGUAUAAGUCUAUUAUAAUUGGACGGAUAAAUAUUUACAAUUGACCAAAUAAAUCUGUGGAUAAUCUGUGGAAAUAAGGAUAUAUCUGCUAAAGUUUUACACAGAAUAUCGCAAUGGGAAAGUUUAUCUUGAGCCCUUAAAACCAUUCCGUGUUUACGUUUUCAGUUUUGAGAUUAGUUUUACGAUGUUGUGAUUGUUUCAGAUAUGUUGGGUACUGAUUUCUUAAUAAUUAUUUUCAAGCUUGAUCGAAAAUUGUUAUCCAAAUUCUCGCCUUAUAUAUUAAAAUCUAGUAGUGAGAUGCAUAGAGUUGCAUAAAAAUCGCAAAGCAUGAAAAUAUCUGCACAAUAAAAGUAGAAUAUUUAACUGUCUUGUACGAUGAGGGCUCGUUUACGUUUUUACAUUUUUCUGUAGGUAUUUAGUCGCCGAGUCUAUUGUCGGAUCGGUUUUACCAGUGAUAACUAAUUUCCCUUGAAUCUUACUAAUUACCGUGAUAAAACACGCUUGAAUCAGAUGAUGCUGUAAAUGUUGAUAUCGAUGUUUUGUCACCUCAUAAGGCUAUGUUUACUGAACAGACUUUGUGACUAAAUUUUCUCUAUUCUUAAUUUGUGAAAUUUGUGAAUCUUGAUUUGAUAUGAA